AUGAAGACUGCGUUAAUGGUGGCUGAAAAGCCAUCGUUAGCACAGAAUGUGGCUAAUAUACUCAGCAAUGGCAAAUGCAGUACGACAAAAGCAUCGAACAACGCUUGUAACAUACACGAAUGGCACGGAACGUUUAAAAAUGAGCAAGUUCGGUUCAAAAUGACUUCCGUAUGUGGUCACGUUAUGAGUCUGGAUUUCACCGGCAAAUAUAAUAAUUGGGAUAAAGUGGACCCGGUCGAGUUGUUUAGUUGCCCGACGGAGAAAAAAGAAGCAAUGCCUAGACUAAGAAUACCAGCAUUGUUGGCCCAGGAAUCUAAAUCUUGUGACUACCUGAUUUUGUGGCUGGAUUGUGAUAAAGAAGGAGAAAAUAUUUGUUUCGAAGUAAUGAGUUGUGUGCAGGCUUACUUGAAGGGUGAUGUUUGUUCACCUCUAGUGACAUACCGUGCAAAGUUCUCAGCCAUCACAGACAAAGACAUCAAAGCAGCCAUGUUAAACCUUGGCAGGCCUAAUGAGAAUGAGUCCCGGAGUGUUGACGCAAGACAAGAACUAGAUCUACGUAUCGGUUGUGCUUUCACAAGAUUCCAGACUAAAUAUUUUCAAGGAAGAUACGGUGACUUAGAUGCGUCACUUAUAUCGUAUGGACCAUGUCAAACUCCAACAUUGGGUUUUUGUGUACAACGGCAUGAUGAAAUCCAGACUUUUAAACCAGAAACAUAUUGGGUGUUACGCGUCACUGCUAGUACUUCGGAAGGCAGGGAGUUACCAUUGGAAUGGAAAAGGGUUCGGAGUUUUGAGAAAGAUAUAGCUAAUAUGUUCCUUGCUGGUAUCAAGGAAAUAAAGGAAGCUGUUGUGGUGAACAUUCAGGCUAAGGAAAAAGUAAAACCUCGUCCUGUGGCCCUCAAUACAGUGGAACUGAUGCGAGUGGCCAGUGCAGGACUCGGUAUGGGACCGCAUCAUGCCAUGCAGAUUGCAGAAAGACUGUACACACAGGGUUACAUUUCGUAUCCCCGUACUGAAACCACCAGCUAUCCAGAGAACUAUGAUUUAAUGGGUACACUUCGUCAGCAACAGAAUUCGAACAAGUGGGGGGCAGAAGUGAGGGCCAUUAUUGCUAAUGGUAUCAAUAGGCCGAAGAAAGGUCACGAUGCUGGCGACCAUCCUCCCAUCACACCUAUGAGGCCGGCUGUGGAGUCAGACUUAGAGGGUGAUGCUUGGCGUAUCUACGACUAUGUGACUCGUCACUUCAUAGCCACGUUGUCCCGCGACUGCAAGUACUUGUCUACUGUCAUCACCUUCCAGAUUGGAUCGGAGACGUUCAAGUACACUGGGAACACACUCGUCGAUGCUGGGUACACUGAGAUUAUGCAUUGGCAGGCAUUCGGUAAAGAUGAGUUUGUGCCGUUACUGAACGUGGAUGAUGUACUGCGAGCCCACGAUCAUAGAUUGGUGGAGUGCCAAACGUCACCUCCCGACUAUCUCACUGAAUCUGAGGUAAUCACGCUUAUGGAAAAGCAUGGUAUUGGUACUGACGCGUCAAUCCCCGUGCAUAUAAACAAUAUUUGUCAACGCAACUACGUCACCGUCGGAAGUGGACGGAAACUUAUACCCACUAACUUGGGUAUUGUGCUCGUACAUGGAUAUCAGAAAAUCGACCCUGAACUUGUUCUACCAACAAUGCGAUCGGCUUUGGAAGAGCAGUUGAAUCUCAUAGCAGUCGGUCGGGCGGAUUUCCACGCAGUACUAAAUCAUACUACGGAAAUAUUCCGUAGAAAGUUCCAGUACUUUGUGAGGUCUAUCGAGGCCAUGGAUCAGUUGUUUGAGGUCAACUUCUCGUCGCUCAAGACUAGUGGUAAGGCGUUGUCAAGAUGCGGCAAGUGUAGGCGGUACAUGAGAUAUAUUCAGGCAAAACCAGCCCGUCUUCAUUGUUCUCACUGCGACGACACGUACGGCUUGCCUCAGAAUGGUACAGUCCGUAUCUAUCGGGAACUGAAAUGUCCUCUCGAUGACUUCGAGCUACUCUCUUGGUCUACAGGCAACAAGGGCAAGAGCUUCCCUCUCUGCCCGUACUGCUACAACCAUCCACCGUUCAGGGACAUGAAGAAAGGUUUCGGUUGUAAUUCGUGCACGCACCCGACGUGUCCUUACGGCGUCAACUCCACGGGAGUGUCCGGCUGUGUCGAGUGCGAGUCUGGAGUGUUAGUACUGGACCCCUCGGCGCCCAAGUGGAAACUAGCUUGUAACCGUUGCGACGUGAUAAUAAACGUGUUCGAGGACGCGACGCGCGUGUCGGUGUGCGAGCAGGCGUGCGCGGCGUGCGGCGCGCAGCAGGUGACGGUGGAGUACCGCGCCGAGCGCACGCGCCUGCCCGCCGCCAUCACCGAGAUGACGGCCUGUCUCUACUGCGAGCCCACCUUCAGCGCACUUGUGGAGAAACAUCGUGCCGUAGCGUCUCGCGCUCCCGUGUCUCGCGGGCGAGGCGGACGAGCGCGCGGGAACAAACACCGCAACAAACAGCCCAAGGACAAAAUGGCGCAGCUUGCCGCAUACUUCGUGUGA